AUGUGUACGGUCCCCGGUACUCAUACUGAUCGCACAUUCGUCCCUGUUCCCCGAGACACAGAACGCGUCUUCCGUCUCAUCGCCUCUCAAACACCCGGCUUCACCCAGGAUGAAUCCAUCCUUUCAAAAUUCAUAUUCACUGGUGACGAGCUGUCAGUCAUCUCCGGUCCGAUCAAGGCUGUCUCGGUAGCUUCAGCUCUCCACGCCAUGGCCGGUGUAGUAGCUGAUGAGAUCCUUACCCUUCGAGGCCUCGAGGACAAAGAGCGGAAUGUAACUGUCAAUACUACCCAUGCCGGAAUUUGGCUUGGCAAUGUCGCUACUGCAUAUGUCGAUGGCAAGGAUGUCCUUACAUUGGCCAAGUCUGGAGAGUUGAAGAAGCUGUUGCCAGAUUGGGAACGCGGAUGGGUUGAUACACCUCUCAAGUAUCGUACCACAGGGCUUUAUCCUACCUCUGAUCCUGACGUUUGGUACUCGCUCCACGGCUCCAUGAAUGCAGAGCCAGUUCUGAAGUCUAUCGGCGUCGACCCAUCUGAGGCCAUCACCUCCAACGAAGAAGCAGCGGCGCACAUCGCAAGCUUCACAAGCAAGCUCUCACCGGAGAAGCUUGAAUUCAAAAACCUUGUCAACGGCAACUGCGGAUGUAUCUGCUUCACACCUAAGCAGUGGAACGAAAGCGAGAUGGGCAAAUCACUCGCUACUCAUCCUCUCAUCAACAUCAAGACUCAGCCUCAAGCUAUUCCUACACCUCCUGUUGCUUUGCCUCCUCUUGAUCCAGACGAUAAGCGCCUGCUGGCUGGUAUCAAAGUCGUUGAGAUGACUCGCGUUAUCGCCGGCCCUCAAAUCGGGACGAUUCUUUCUAGCUUCGGCGCUGAAGUUAUCCGGGUCAACCCCCCUCACUUGCCCGAUAUCAAGAUUAUGCAACUCACUCUCAACGCUGGAAAGCGCACUACCGCUAUUGACCUGCGGAAGCCUGAGGAUGCAACUAUCAUCAAGUCUCUUAUCGCCGAUGCAGAUGUAUUCAUCCAAGGCUUCCGUAUGAACAAGAUGCUCAAGUUUGGCCUUGGAUUGAACGAUAUCCUCAAAAUGGCUGGAGAGCGAGGUUGUGGAAUCAUUCACGUCUCGGAGAACUGCUAUGGCCCUCAUGGCUAUUAUGCUGAGAGGCCCGGUUGGCAACAGAUCGCUGAUGCGGCUGCUGGAUCAGCAUAUGUCACUGGCCGUUCUCUUAACCUGCCCGACAACGAAGCUGUUCUACCUUCGCUACCUAUCAACGACAUGACUACCGGCGCUCUCGGUGCAGUAGGUACCCUUGUCGCCCUUCGCGAUCGGGCCACCAAGGGCGGAAGCUACGCUGUUCACGCAUCUCUCGUUGCAGUCAACGCGUUCGCUCUUCGAUCCGACGUCGGGCUCUACUCACCUGAAACAGUCGCCGAGUGUGCGAAGCGUUUCCAAUAG